AACUUUUGUACUUCGUAAAUUUUCUCAUUUAAAUUCUUCCUCUCUGAUUCUCUCUUUUUUGUUCGGAAAAUGCUUUCGGCUGAGUAGCUUGUUGGGGAUGAUUGCAAACCGAAUUUCUAGCAUUUACAUUUCUAUAUUAACUCUGCAUACUGUUAGCUGUUUUCGGGUGUGAUUGUAGAAGAUAGACGUUUAAUGUCGCGACGUCCCGACGGGUGGCACGCAUGUUGGCUUGUAUUGAUUGUGACAACGAUAUCCAAGUAAUGCUCUACUUUAUGGGUGAGCAGAAAAUAAAACGACAAACAUACAUUCGUUUGCUUUCGGAAUGGUAUGUAAACAUACUGAAAUAAUUAUUUGCGGUGACGCUUUCGAUGUGGAUAUCCCCAUUAUUUGCUCGAAGCUCAAAGUACAAUAUUUCUUUGCAUAUAAGAUGUUGGUGUGUGUUUUAUCAGUCAGUCUUAAUUUUUCUGCAAAGUCAUUAGUUCGCUAAACUCUCUAGUAUUUCCCACGAAAAUAAUUACACUAAUAUCAACAAGAUUGCGAAACAUAUACGAUAUGCAUUGUACUCGUAGGCAACAUUGCUCGUAAGGGCCAAAAGUUACAAAUAAAACCUAAUAAAUAAUGACUGCAUGAUAGUUGGGUACAUAAACGCUUUAUGGGGACUAUCAGCAAAAAUAUCGAAUUAAUGGCGGUAGUGUAUAAAAUGAAAAUAUCAACUUAGUGCAGAAAAAGUUUAAAAAAUAUUUCAGAUGGAAUAAAAUACGGAGCAGUAGAUUAUAUAUACAUAUAUAUAUGUAUGUAUGCAUUAUGGAUACAUAUGUAUGUAUAUGAAUUCAAUUAGUAAUUAAACAAUAAAAUAGAGCUUGAUGCCACUUUACUUUCUGGAUCUUACGUCACACACGAUGGCUGUGCGAUAUUAUUUUGAAGCCGUCAUCAUCGAAGCAUCUAUGCGUUUGUAUAACGCUUUAUUUAAGGUAGCAGGUUCACCUGGAGCAAUAGCCAGACUUAAGAUCACUUUUGAAUCGGGAGUAAAGCAACUUUCCCGAAAGACUGUUAACAAAGGCUUCACUUUUACGCAACAUAGAAGCGAACACCUUUUACAACUACCCAAAAACAACGGAAUCUUCAAAUCGCAAUGAAUUUUACACCAUUCGGCAAUCCUUUCCCCGGUACAACUACUAUUCCUGGGUUGCCGCAAUUCACAACAACAGCAGCGCCCCUAGUUUCGACGGUAACAUCGGCGGCAGCAGUUGCAACCGUUACGUCGCAGACUGUCACCCCCCAGCAACAAGACGCGUCCUCUUCAAGCACUCGCUACCAACAGCAGCAACAACCACAACACCAGCAGCAGCAACAACAACAAUCAAGCACCAAUGUCAGUAUGACACAUUUCAACCAGCCGACCAUACCAAUCGGUGCUGGCACAACCGUCACAGCCAUCCACGCCAAGUUCCGUACUUCGGGCGAUGAUCAAGGAGAUAAGUACAACGGACACUUGGUGACCAUAGACACAGCUGGUGCAAGCAAUACACAACAACAACAGCAAUAUAGUAACAUACCCACGUACAGUACACAACAGACGGAUGAUAAGCGUCUAAUAACUGCAGCGAUUACAUAUCCGCAAAAUGUGGUUGCCGCCACUACGCCAACGGCUGCAGCAGUUGUAGCCGGUACGAGCACAUCGCAACAACAGCAGCAGCAAUUGCAGCAACAACAAGUGCCAGCGCCGCAAGAAUUAACGCAAGACUUGUGUAAUGCAAUUUUACAGCAACAAGGUGUGGAUACCAAACUUGUUCUACAAAAUACCUCAUGGCAAUCGCUAACACCAGGUACCACAGUAGCUGAUUACCUCUCCCAUCUUCCAGCCAAUACACUACCGUUGUCGCUACAUCAUUUCCUUAAAUAUUCGGCGGAGACGAUCAAAAAAGAAAAUCAGGGUGUAGUUCAAACGGGACCACCCAUCGGUAUCAAUACCUUAGGGGGAACAACAACCAUUACAAUACCUCAACAACAAACAACAGCACAAAUACAACAACAGCAACAACAACACAUACAUCAACAGCAGCAGCAGCAGCAACAACAACAACAACAGGGAGCAACAACAGUGCACCUACAAGCGAACCCAUCGGCCAAUGACACUGUUGUAGUAGCCUCAACUUCAGCUACAAGUAUUACUAAUGCAACGAAAAAGAAAAAACGUAAAAAGCGUCCUAAGGAUAGAAAACCGAAAUUAAGGCCGGGUGAAAUUCGCCUUACAACAGCACUGGAUGGCAGCCCCUUGUAUUUGUGCCCCGAGUGCCAGGUAGCAUAUCCUGAGCCUGAUUUGCUUGAGAUUCACUUAGUAGGACAUAAUCUAGAAAGACGCUACAUCUGCGAUAUUUGCCAAGCGGCCUUGAAACGUAAGGAUCACCUCACGCGGCAUAAACAGUCCCAUAAUCCAGAAAGGCCAUAUAUCUGCACAGUCUGUCUGAAGGCUUUUAAGCGUAAAGAACAACUUAGUCUGCAUUUUGUGAUCCAUUCUGGAGAAAAGCGACACCUGUGCCACGAGUGCGGUAAGGGUUUCUACCGCAAAGAUCAUCUUCGAAAACACACACGUUCGCAUAUAGCCCGUCGGGUAAAGGCAGAACUUAGUAUGCAGAACGAAAGUGAACAUGGGACUAGCAUGCUGCAGCCGGUCACACUAACGACAAUCUCAGAGGUGCAACAACAACAAACACAAUCGACCAAUACAGUACAACAGCAGCAACAUACCAAUCCACAGCAACAGUCUAAUCAACAACAGCAGCAGCAACUUCAACUUCAUACACAGCAAAUGCAACAUGUUGUUGUCACACAACAACAGCAACAACAAAUGCUUAAUUAGCCCAGUGGCGGCAAUGAUUUUUGUAAAGUCAGUUGAAAUUCCAAAUCUAUUAUGAGUAUUUUGCUGAAACUAAUAAUUUUUCGUCGUUUUUGAUUACGAAGUGAUUAUCUGGACAUUCAUAGCUUUUGUUUCUCUUAUAAUUUUUGUGCUUGCACGGGCAUAUUUAAUUUCUGAAGACAGAAAGGAGAAUUUCAUUUAUUUACCUUAUUUUCUUGCGAUAAAAUUAAUAAAAAUCGAAAUCAAUAUUAUUUCCGUUUUAAUAUAAUGAAUAAUAUUAUGGGUGUAUUUUAGACCGAUAAUGACUUAUACAAAUAAUAAUGAACAUCAUACGCCGCCGAACAAAUAUAAUAUUACGUAAUACAAAAUAAAUCAAUAGAUAUGCUGUAUGAUAGAAAUUGAGCUUAGACUGAAAUGAAAUGGAUAAAAAAAACGGAGAAAAUUAAGCUGUAUAUAUGUAAGUUUAUCGUGGUACGUAACGAAAAGAUGGUAUUUGUUUUCUAACCUAAAAAAUAAUAAUGAGAGUACUGAAUAGAAAUUACUAUAUCACACCACUGCACUAAAAUUAUUUAGCUUAGAAUACAAAACCCGUGGUUGGAUGAUAAAUAAGGAAUGUAUUUUUGUAUGUGUAAUGAGAAAUAAGUCUAGAACUAAAAGCAAAACAUAACAAAAUAGUUGCAAAUUUUAUCAAUAAACGAAAAUAUUCGAUUUUAGUA